GCUGUAAACAUGCAGUUUAUAUUUCUUGUAAAGGAAAGAAAGAAAUAGAUUUUGUGUUUUGGGAGAAAGAAAUUGCAGGGCCAUCAUGUCUUGGUCAUAUUAAUGGUAUUUACAUUAGCUCUGUGAUUAGUAGGGCCAUUUGUGCCAUUAAAAUGUCUGGAAGGCCUGAUGGACCCCGUUAUGACCCAGUUGGACUCAUCAGUUUCUGUACAAUGAUUCUGAGCCAUUUUACAAAGCAGCCAUGACACCAGUGUGAGCAGAUACAAAGAUGGCAGUGAGUAGAGGUAUAUUUUCUCUCACUAACAGUCUGUACGUUCCGUUCCCUGCAGUCUCUAUGGGGAAGCCCUGCAGGUCACCACUCGAGGCCAUGUCAUCCUACGUCUCCCUAUUAUCUAUACAGUAUAAGUAAAUGUCGAAUUCUCUUUUGUGAUUUGAUCAAAACCAAUUGCAAAUUGUUCAGUCCUGCCAAAAUGCCAAUUUAAAAUUUUUUUGGGCUUAAAUCCAAUUUGUGCCAAAUUAUAUGCUCAUCUCCAUCCCCAAGCUGUAAUGCACUCUGCCCCUAGACAUCUUUAAUUCCCUAUCCAAAGGAUAGGGGAUAAGAUGUCUGAUCGUGGGGGUCCCGCCAGUGAUCUCCCUGCCACACCAGGUGUUUUAAACAGGUGACUCUGUUUAGAAUGUUGGUGUAGGUUGUCAGCCCCUUGAAUGACUAAACUCCAUUACACUGUACUUCUAUUGAGAAAGUCCCACAGACUGUCAUGCAUCUUUCAGCCACAAGAUGUCACUGUUGUUGUAAGUGAGAAUAAGACACAGUUGUUGUUGUUGCUUUAAGAGAAUAGAUGUUUCUGGAAGAGGAGGAGGAGCAGGAAGUUCCUGAGUCGGUGUGGUGUUUGGCUCUCUAUGGCUGGGCAGAGCUGAGGAAAGAGACUGUACAAAGUGGCCUUGGAAAGGCAGAUAGACUGUGUAAUCCAGGGACUGAGCAACAGGAUCCUGCCAAAGGAGACAGAGCUGAACUGUGAUGCUACAGACUGCAGCUAAGAACAAGAGAAAGAGAGGAGAACAUCCCAGAACAAGCAAAUUACAGAGCAAGGGACCAGACUGCAGUGACCUCCAAGUGACAGAACAAGCUAAGCAACCUGCAAAGAAACCCAGACCAAUGCAUAAGAGACUACAGCUGUAGACAGCAAGGGAGAGAUCCAGAGACCUGACUGCAACCACCAUCACAGAGACUGAGAUAAAGCAGCUGUACCUACAGAACUGAAUACAGAUCCUCAUGGCGGAAAACACCAACAAUGGACAGGAGCGCGACCAAGGUCACCUCCUUGAUAAAGAAAACCAGCCAAACCCACUGGAGCAAAAUCAACCAAAAUCGGCAUCAAGGAUGAUACAAAGUCCACUACAGGAUAGUCAAUUAUGUAACCUAACAACAAACUCAGAAAUGAGAAGGAUUGAAAGCACCCAAGAUCCUAUUCAAACGGAGUCCGGAAAGCUUGGUGAUAAAAGAAAGAGUAAUUGGUUAACUGAUAUGGGAAAAAGUCUAGAAGAGAAAAUGAAAGAAAAGAAUCCAGAGGCCAAGAGCUCCCCUGGGACAAAGAGGAAGAUAAAUACACCAAAAAGAUCAAAAUCAACUUCAGAAAAGGGUCCUCAGUCAACUGUGAUAAAAAGUGACGUUAAAGAGAGGAAGAACUUCACAGCUAUGCCAACAGAACCGAAGGUGUCAGUCUCUGUGUCCUACAGAUGGAUUAACAAUGGGGUAGAGUGUGACACGGCAGGUUAUAACACACCUAUUAUUGACUUUGCAAAAAGAACUCUUGAAGCAAAUCCUUCACUAACUAAAAAGUCUGGUUACCUCCAAAUCCAUGCCCAGAAACUUAAUGCAAUAGUCAGCCCUUGGGCACCAUGUGGAGCCCUGGAGCAAGGUGAGAUACUAGAGUUUGACCUCAAGAAAAAGAAAUCCCCCAACUCUUCAAUGGAAAAAUGUAAAGGAUCUGAUAGAAUUGUGGGCCCUGAGAUGUUUGCAUAUCCUACAUUUCAUGAUGGUCUCUUUUUUAAAGUAGAAUCUCAAGGAAAGACAAAGGGGGGGCAAUCAAGGAAAAUAAUAGUAUGCAAGAGUUACUACUCUAUAAACUACCCCAUGGCUGUCUUUGGCUAUCCAGAUCAGACAAUACAUGAGGCAUUUCAGAAUGAUAAAAGGUUUACAAUACCCGGUCCAUUCAGUCUUGAAAAUUCAGAAGGGAAGAAAUAUAAAACUAAUAUAUUUUUAUCAGACCUUCCACCUGACACAUACAAAAUUGUUGUGCACAGACGUGCAAUGGCCACGUCUAGGUCGGAAUCAAAUGAGAAGGGUGUGCAAUCUACCUCACCUGGGGCAUCAGUUCCCCAAUCUGAGACAUGUGUAGACCCCCCUGACCUACUUGUACCUGUCUCAUCCCGUCUCAGCUACAAGUUUUCAGGUGAAUUUAAAAAACUUGGCAAAGAUAUUGGGCAAAAAAAUCUAGAGUCUCAGCUUGUAAAUGAUUACAAAACAAAUGUCCUGUACAAGGGUCCAAUGCCGGCUACAACCCUCCGACUACUGAGUCAACACUUAGACAAUGUCGCCUUACUCAAGUAUAACGUUGGUGAAUCUAAUACAACAGGAACCCUCUUCCUUCUAACUGAGACCCUUGGACUUACCUGUUACCAUGUAGUGAAAUUACUCAUAAAGUCCCGUGCUGCUAGGAAUGUAGAAAUUAUAUUUAACUAUGAAAAGACAAAAGAAAUAUUCUGUGGUAAAUAUAAAGGAGUUGCAUGGGCUAAUAGGAAACUCGACUGCGCAAUCGUACGUGUGGAAAUCUUCCCAUCACCUUCAGGCUUGUUAGAUUAUUUAGCUCCUCCACCACAAGAUGGAGCUGUAAGUAUCAUUGGUCACCCCGGUGGCAAUCCAAAAGAAAUUGAUCUUAACUGUUCAGUGAUUGCUUUUUCUCAGCGGGCUUCUUCGAUUUUUGACACAAUUCUCUGCAACAGAUCCUACAUUCAUGUCCUGACACAACACAAUUUUAAGCGCAUGAAUGACCCAACUUAUGUGACCUAUGACUCCUGUUUGUAUUGGGGAGCUUCAGGUGCCCCAGUCUUUGAUAAUAAUGGGGAGCUUGUAGCCAUGCACACAGGGGGGUAUCCUAUUGUUACACCUCUAAAAAAGAAGAGUGUGAUAGAGUUUGGACGGAGCACUGCUGAGAUCAUUAUCCAUGCCGCUGUUCACUUAGAGAAGCUACAUGUCCCUCUUAGAAAACUUGUUAAUGAAAAAGAAAGUCUGUCCAAGUAUCUGCAACCUGGGGGGCACCCAGAUACAAUGCAGCCUGUGGUCAGACGGCUUUUAAAGCUGUGGGAAGAAAGUGACCGCCAAAUGGAGCAAAAUUCCAGAGUCGAUGUUAUUAAUCUGUCUGGAUCACCAAUGGACACCUUGUGAAUGAGGCUCAUAGAUGUCUCAUAGCUCAGCGCUGCAUUCAGUUACUGCCCCAGCUGAUAUAUCACUUAGUCUUAUCUGCUAACCUGAUCGCUGUAUAAAGGGGCUGCCAAGCAGGAUACUACAUUUUAUAGGACUUAAUCUGAAUUAGAAAAAAAGCAUUACCUGAUUUCCCAUCACUCAUUCCGAUACUCACCAGGUCCUUCUUAUCUCCUCAUCCUGUGCCCAUCCUGAUACACAUGGAAUGGCCAGAGAAGUGGCCCGCCUCAGCCAGUGAUUGGUUGAAGUGCAGGACGAGGAAUUGGUUUUACAUAAUUUUAUGACCAUUUGUAGUAACAGAUAUAGCCAUCACUGACUGAUCAUGUGCCACCCUACAUACUGGACCCAGGGCACACUUGUCAGUAGACUGUAUCCAAGUUAUGAUCUAACCCUGUGUUUCUCACUCUUUCCGAGCCAACUACCCACUGUGGAAAUAAAUUAUCUAAAACUAUCCCUGAGGUUAUGCUCUUAUUAAUUGAUGACAGUGCAUGCACCCCCUAUAGACAUGGCAUUUAUCCCCUGGAUUACAGUGGGGAUCAAAAGU